AUGCCGACGACGACUCACACGAACCGUCCGAUCUUCGUCUCUCUCGUCUUCUUUUUCCUUCUUGCAACUUCCACCGCUUUUGCAACCGCCGAAGGAAACUUGAAAUCAAGAAGCUUCCGUUACCGAACCUACCGGCUCGUCCCGAGGGUUCCCCACCCGUAUUACGUCACUCCAAACCGUUCGUGCGACUCCUUCUCUCGUCCGUACGCGCGUUCUAUGUGCCUUGAGCUUCAAAGAAUCCACCGUAGCAGCCGGAAGCAGCCACUUCUUUCUCCUCCUCCUCCGCCGGAGAUUGACCCAAGAUACGGCGUCGACAAAAGACUCGUUCCCUCCGGUCCAAAUCCGCUUCACAACUAG